UCCAUUCUACAUCCUAACGCUCCCGUUAAUGUUUACUACAGUAGCCAGUGCAUUUUAUCAGAAAUAAUAAAUUAAGAAAAAGAUGUUCGAGCUUUAUGGACUCAGUAAGGAUGGAAUGUUGUAUCGUUCACCACCACCAACUCGAAAGGACGUUGAUAUAUUAGAGACUUGCUUACAACUUUCUUCUCCAGAACUUAUGAGAAAAUUACCUAAUGGCGACGCUUUACAUCACGUUAAGGAGACAAGUGUUUCGACUUCAUUGGAUAAAAACAAAGAUGCUUCGAGAGAAAAUGAACGUAGUAUGGGACGAAGAUGGAUAGUUAUGGCAGGAUUCUUUUUUCUUGGAUGCGCCUUAGUCGCCGGCGUAGGAUUACCAUUAGCAUUGGAACUUCGAAGUUCUCAUCUUUUAGAAGCAAGAUUGCAGGUCGUUCGGAGAAUGCUUUCAGAAAUUCCAUUGAUCGAUGGUCAUAACGACUUUGCUUGGAACUUACGAAAACAUCGAGGAAGUACGAAACUGCAAGAUUUUCCGUUUGACGAAGAUGUCUCGAGGAACUCUACUUGGGGUCCUCAAUGGCAAACCGAUCUUGUACGUUUGCGUCAAGGUAUCGUAGGCGCACAAUUUUGGUCAGCAUACGUCCCUUGCGAGGCUCAAUUUCUAGAUGCGGUGCAACUUACUCUCGAGCAAAUUGACGUCGUUCGAAGGCUCACUUCCAAAUAUCCGACGAAAAUAAGGCUGGUAACGACGAGUGGCGAACUCGAAAAAGCUCACAAGGACGGCGUUAUCGCUAGUUUAGUAGGGAUCGAGGGAGGUCACAGUAUCGGUACUUCUAUGGCGGUACUUAGGAGUUUCCAUCGUCUUGGCGCACGUUAUAUGACUUUGACACACAAAUGCAAUACACCCUGGGCAGACUCCUGUUCCGUCGAAGAUCCAGACAGAGUAGCUCCUGCAGAUUUUCAGAGCGAUGGACUUUCGAGUUUUGGAAAAGCUAUUGUCAGAGAAUUAAAUCGAUUAGGAAUGCUCGUUGAUCUUUCUCACGCUUCGAUCAGGACUAUGAAAGAUGCAUUGACUAUAACAAAAGCACCUGUUAUAUUUUCGCAUAGCGCUGCCAGAUCUCUUUGUAAUUCAUCUAGCAAUGUACCAGACGAUGUACUUCGAAAUUUGUCUGUUAAUGGUGGCUUAGUCAUGGUUAGUUUCGAUAGUACGCACCUCAGCUGUGGAAAUAAGGCUUCCAUGUACGACGUUAUAGCUCACAUAAAUUAUAUACGCCGAAUAGCCGGCGUUAAUCACGUUGGCCUAGGAGCCGGUUACGAUGGAAUCCUAAGUCCACCUACAGAGCUUCCAGAUGUUUCUGGAUAUCCAUUGUUAUUGGCAGAAUUAACAAGGGAUAGACUAUGGUCUGCUUCGGAUAUAAAGAAAUUAGUCGGUGGAAAUUUGUUACGUGUUUUGAAGGAAGUAGAAAAUCAUGCUAUUGUUGUAUUACAUCAAUCUCCAGCUGAAGAAUGGAUACCACAAGAACUCAUAGAAGAUUCUUUUAAUUGAGAAAAGAAACGUCGGCUAUUUUUGUCGAACGUUUGCGUUAAUAGCGAUGUUGCGAGAUCGCUUUGAGAAGGGGAAGACUUUCCGGAAAUGUCCUUAACGCUUAACACGAUCAUUGGAAUAGGGUGUACCUGGCCUCGACUAUUUGAU